CGGAGCGGUGUUGUCACGCCGCGCAUCGCGCACUUCGAUCGUUAUGCGUUCGAAACAAGUUUGACGGGAAAUUCGUAAACUUUUCCGAGUACACCUGGACUAUGCAGCGAUGUGUGUGUGGACUGUGAUAAAUUAAUUAGUGACAAUCGCAAAGUGAAACGACAAAAUGUUAUCGCUGGAAUUAUUUACGGUGUGUUACGCGCUGUGGAGCUGGCUCCACUUGGGUGCGAGCGGCGCGUCGUUGACUAGUCGAGUGGCGGAGGCUCCGCAGGAGUGCGAGUGGCAGCGCGUGUCGGGCGGCGCUGGCGAGCCUACGCGGGUGCAGCUGGCCUGCUCGCUGCGGACCGCGGCCGGCGCCACCGACCUCCUGGCUGGACUCAGCGCCUCGCAGGCGCAGCGCAUCACCGCGCUCGACCUCCACUGCACCGACGUCCUCUUCUUCGAGAGUUCCCUCGACGUCGGCCGAAGAAAGGAGGAGGGCACGGAGAUUCUCUCGCGGUUUCACAACUUGAAAGAAAUGCGAAUUGAAUCGUGCAAAAUAAGAUACGUGCCGUCAGCUGUUCUGUCGCCGCUCAGCAGUUUGCGCAGUUUGAGUAUAAGGACGCACAAUACCGACUGGUCCGCUAUGUCCAUGGAAUUUCACCGUGACUCCUUCCGUGGAUUGACUGAUUUGCGGCACCUUGAUUUGGGAGAUAAUAAUAUUUGGAUUCUCCCCUCCGAAAUAUUUUGCCCUCUGUACAAUUUAAAGGAGCUGAAUAUUACUCAAAAUAGACUGCAGGAUAUAUCGAAUUUGGGAUUCUCCGACUGGGGGAACGGCCCGACCGCCCCCGGAAAAUCGUGUAACACAGUUUUAGAAACGUUGGACAUGUCGUAUAAUGAAAUUAGCUCGCUGCCGGACAAUGGACUAUCGAGUUUACGUGCAUUGCAAAAGUUGUUCGUGCAGAACAACAGAAUAUCUUCUGUGGCGGAUCGUGCUUUUGUGGGCCUAAGUGACUUACAAAUACUUAAUUUAUCGACGAACGCUCUGACUGCUCUCCCGCCGGAGAUGUUCCAGUCGUCGAGGGACAUAAAACAAAUAUAUCUCAAUAACAACUCAAUAAGUGUUUUGGCGCCCGGUCUGCUGGAAGGAUUAGAUCAACUCCAAAUAUUAGAUCUCUCGUCGAAUGAGUUGACAAGUGAGUGGGUGAAUAGAGACACGUUCUCCGGCCUAGUCAGGUUGAUUGUUUUGAAUUUAUCCCACAAUAGAAUAACAAAAAUUGACGCCCUACUAUUCCAAGAUUUAAAUAAUUUACAAUUCCUGAGCCUCGAAUACAACAACAUAGCGCGCAUUGCUGAUGGUGCCUUUUCCAAUUUGAAAAACCUACAUUCUCUAUCGCUGGCCCACAAUAAUAUCGUGGAAGUCGACAGCGGCCACUUUUCAAAUUUAUAUGUCCUAAACCAGUUGUUCUUGGACGGCAAUAGAAUAACAAAGGUGGAGCCCCGUUCGUUUGAAAACAUAACGAAGCUUCAUGACUUAGGCCUCAGCGGGAACCAGUUAUCUGAGGUACCGGAAGCUAUUAAAACUCUAAGAUUCUUGACAUCUCUCGACUUAGGAAUGAACAGGAUCACAAAAGUGACGACAACGCAUUUCGACGGCCUAGACGAUUUGUAUGGCCUCCGUCUCGUGGGUAACAAGAUUGAAAAGAUAUCUAAAGAUACGUUCGCCGCACUGCCGUCACUACAAAUACUAAAUUUGGCAUCGAAUAACAUCGACCAGAUUGACGACGGCGCUUUUGCAUCAAAUAUGCAGCUAAAAGCUAUCGGCCUCGAUGGAAAUAAAUUAGUCGAUUUAAAAGGAAUUUUUACCAACACGCAGCCGCUAGUUUGGUUGAAUGUGUCGAAUAAUGAAUUACUCUGGUUCGACUAUAGCCAUACACCUACGAAUCUCGAGUGGCUGGAUAUGCAUGAAAAUAAAAUUGAGAAAUUGGAAGACACAUAUGGUGUGAAGGAAACUAGCAAUAUAAAAAUGCUGGAUGUUAGCAGCAAUAAAAUCCGAAGUAUCGACGAGUUUUCGUUCCCGAGCAGCGUCGAAACUGUUGUUAUAAACAAUAACUUCAUAGAGAAAAUAAAUCCAGGUACUUUCCUACAAAAGUAUAAUCUGAACAAAGUGAUGCUUUACGCGAAUAAGAUAAAAACAUUGGACGUCGGUGCUUUUGCGAUAUCAGCUGUUCCAGAAGAUAAAGAUUUACCUGAGUUCUAUAUAAGCGAGAAUCCGUUUGAAUGUGACUGCACAAUGGAAUGGCUUCAAAGAAUAAACCAAUUAAAUAACCAAAGGCAGCGCCCUCGAGUAAUGGAUUUAGAAAGUGUGCGAUGCUCUUUAACCCAUUCUCGGAGCAACUCCGAUAUGCUCCUACUAGAGGUAAAGUCAUCAGAAUUUUUAUGUGAGUACGAAUCUCACUGUUUCACUUUGUGCCAUUGUUGUGACUUUGAUGCCUGUGAUUGUAAGAUGACUUGUCCUGAUAAGUGCUCGUGUUAUCAUGAUCUAACUUGGAACUCCAACGUGGUCGAUUGUUCCAGCGCCGGCUACGAUCACGUGCCGGAACAAAUACCGAUGGACGCGACCGAAAUUUAUUUGGACGGAAAUGAUUUGAAGGAACUAGGCAACCAUGUCUUUAUCGGAAAGAAAAGAUUACAGGUUUUAUAUCUGAACAACAGCAGUGUAAACACAAUACAAAAUAGAACAUUCAACGGUAUCGAAUCUCUGCGAGUACUUCAUUUGGAAAACAAUAACAUAGAAGUGUUGAGGAACACACAAUUCACGAGGCUCCAGAAUCUGAACGAAUUGUAUCUUCAAGACAAUAAAAUACGAAUUAUAGAGAACGAUACCUUUAAUUACCUGCCGUCGCUGGAGUAUUUGGACCUUGACAAUAACGGUUACGUUGAUUAUAUGCCGUGGCGGGUCAUUACGGACAACAAUCCUCGCACGCGCGUCUCAGUCGAUGGCAACAACUGGAUAUGCGAUUGUAAAGAUGUGGCACAAUUGAAUCAAUGGCUCGUAAAAAAAUCAAAAGACACUGAGACAAUGAUGUGUUAUUUCGCUCACGACCAGCCCAUGAAUAAAACAAUCGCGGCCGUUGCGAAGGAAUGUAAAACUGAGGCCACAACCGAGGAGACCGGCACAGAAACGCUGAAGAGAUUGUUCAUUGAGAGUAAUGAUGGCGUAGAAAAUUACAUACCGUAUAUUGCCGCAGUAUUAAUAAUAUUUAUCAUUCUACUUUUGAUGUGCGCAAUUCUAUUCAUGUUCCGUGAAGACUUCAAGUUGUGGUUACAUUCUAAAUAUGGAAUAAGAAUCUUUAGUUCGACACCGAAAGAUAUGAACGACAAUAAAAACAAGCGUUUUGACGCUUUUUUUGUGUACAACCCACGCGAUGAAGACUUCGUUAUUCGUGCAGUGAGCUCCGAGUUAGAAAAUUUAGGUUACGCUCUGUGUUUACAACAUAGAGACUUGCAACUCAUCGAGAGACGAUCUAGUGAUAGUUUAGUUAGUGCGGCCGAGAGUUCCAAAAGACUGGUGAUAGUGCUAUCAAUAAAUUUCUUGCAACAAGAGUGGUACUCGCCCGAGUCGAAGGCGGCCGUACAGAGUGCUAUAAAUUCAGUGAACGUUAGGCAUAGACGACAAAAAAUCAUUUUCCUGGUAACGACAGACUUGAGUGCCAUAAACAUUGACCCAGACUUGAAAGUGUUGUUGAAAACGUGUACAGUGAUAGUGUGGGGGGAGAGGAAUUGUUGGGAGAAGCUAAAUUUUCGAUUGCCCGACGUGGACAUCACGUUACCGAACCGGACGCUUCACAACGCGAAUAACGUGAAAGCGGGCAAUCGGGAGGGGUUUAAUAGGCAUGGUAAUUUAAGGUACACGGCCCCCCCGACGUCUCACGACCCGUGGUAUAAGUAUGGGAUGGCGCCGCCUAUUCUAAUGAUGUCUAGCCCUAUGCAUUCCACCAGCGCGAGCGCUGAGGUCUCCGCCAGGAGUACCGAGGACGAGACGUGCUCGGUAGCCAGUAGCGAAGGUAGACCUGAUGAUAGGCUGCCCCAUCACCAUAGCUAUGUAUCCAUAGACAAUCACCAAUGCGAGGAGCGCCCCCUCAGGCCUCCCCAGCAAAUACCCAUGUCUAAUACAAGACCAGGCAACGUUAGAAAAACGUAUUUUGUAUAAAUUGUGAUAGAAUAUGUAAAUAGUUUUGUAAUUUAUAAAAGGCUUUCUAUCGAAUAUAUUAUGGUGCUGUGUACUACAAAAUUUUGAUCGAUUGUUUGUUUAUGUACCUUGUAAUUUUUGUGUAAGUAGAGUACCUGGUUUUGAAAACAUUUGUAAUACAUUCCUUGUCUGAGGUUUACGGUUCCUGCUCUAUGUAGAGUCUGUAAUAUACUUAUUUUAACGAAUACUUUGUGAUAAAUAAGGUACUUAUUUUAUUCUAAUGAUGUAAUAUAAUUUUCAUGAUUAUAACCAGAGGAAUAAAGAAUCUUUGUUGUUUCUUAUCGCUCCAUUUUGAGCUACUAAGGGCCUGUUUCACAACUU